AUGUCUGCCACCACUCCUCAAACCAAGAUACAGCUUGAGGGCAAGGUCAUUGCGAUCACCGGCGCAAACCGAGGCAUCGGCCUCGGCGUCGCCGAAUGCUGCCUCGACAACGGCGCCCAACGCGUCUACUCGAUCGACAUCUCGAGCGAGCCCGGCGAGGACUUCGCCGCCGUCGCGAGCAGGUACCCCGACCGCCUUUUCGCGGUCCACGCCGACGUCACCAAGGAAGCGAGCGUCCAGGAGGCCGUGGACGAGAUUGUGCAGAGCGCCGGCGCCCUGCACGGCAUGGUGGUGAAUGCGGGGAGGACGAAGCACAAGGCGGCGCUGGACUUUACCGAGGAGGAGGUGUUGGAGUUGUUUGGGGUCAAUCUCUUCGGCGCCUUCUACUGCGCCCGCGUCGCCGCCCGCACCUUCCUCAAGCUCAACAUCAAAGGCUCCAUCGUCUUCACCGCAUCCAUGGCGUCCUACCGCCCCAACAAGCGCGUCCCCUCCGCCCCCUACGGCGCCUCCAAGGCCGGCGUGCGCAACAUGACGCACACGCUCGCCAUGGAGUGGGCGCCGCACGGCAUCCGCGUCAACUCGGUGUCCCCCGGGCUGGUCGAGACGGCCAUGACGUACUGGGUGCCGCGGCAGGAGGACUGGGACACGCAGCUGCGCUACUACGGCGGCAUGCCGCGGCUCGCCCACGUGCGCGAGCUCGGCGGCGCGUACGUCUAUCUCCUCAGCGACGCCGCGAGCUACACGACGAGCAUCGAUGUGCCCGUGAAUGGGGUUGUGGGGAUUUGUUGA